GAGAGUAUUUUACCCGCACACCUCGAAAAUUCCCAGUAAGUACCAACAUGGCAAAGAAAAUUAAGCUUGGAUAUAGUUUCGAUUAUUUAUUCAAAAUUUAGGUUAAAGGUAUUAAAAGUCUUUCCAAGGUCAUAAUUUGAUUACUGUACAGCAAGACAUAUCGAACAUUGAAAUAAACAUUUCAAAUUGAAAGGGGCUCAACUCAUAGAACAAAUUCCAACAUAUCCUCAAACGAUUUCGUGAUCACGUUCAAUUUUAUUCCAAUUAUUAGGGUCGAUAUCUUGUAGAAUAUGCAUUUAUUCUAUAAUUUUAUUAUAUAAAAGUAAUUGUUGCGGAGACAAAAGCCUCUGACGGCAUAAUUUUACAGAGGACAACAUUUCAAACGACCGCGAAGUACUCAACAAGGUUUAAAAGAUUUUCGAGAUACAUUGAACAAAACCUUCACAGAAAUAUCCCAACAUUCGAUGUCAUUGGAAACAUCUGUCACUGAAGGCCUUGGCGUGUCAUGGGAACGUGUAUGGGUAGAUGCUUUAAUAUUAAGAAUUCCAGGAGACUUAGGUAAUCCUUCCCAAGAAGUUAUCCUUGAACUGACUGAUGAUUUAGUACCCCAAACAGAUGAGUCUCCCUAUGAAGAAGUGGAAUUUACUCAUCUCGGUCACAAAAGCUAUGCUGAUCAGCCUGUUCAGUUCCACUGUUUAUCUCGUGUGCAAGCAAAGCCAACACACUCAGUGGCAAGAGAUCGCAGUGAUGCAUCUUUCACUCCUCCAAGUUCUCUUGACCUUGAAUGGGAACAUGAAGGUGGGCUCCUGCAGUUUGCUCCAGUGCCUGAAGAAGAUCCAGAUAAAAUCAGCUCUUCAGAUAGUCACUGUCCCAUAAACUCGGAUGACUGGUCUCGGAUCUCUUCUCCCGACUCCCUGGAAUGGGACCCUGUUGAAGCACCAUUGACUUCUACUGCUAGUAGAUCUACAGGAUUAGAUCCUGCUACUGAAAUGCUACUGAAAAGAAUUGAACAUUUGGAAUCGUCAACUUUAAGGGAAACUGGAGAUUGGAAAAGAUGAUACCAAAGUGAGAAUAAUUCUACAGUUAUUUUUUUAACUGCUUUUUGUAAAGCCCAUUCUUUCAUCUGAGAAAGUUGGCAAUAAAGUGGAUAUGCAACUACUGUAUUGGAUGUUAAAAACUGUAUUGAAAGUAGUGUAUUUCAGAUGGUGAAUGGUGCAUGUUUAUUUUUCUGCCUAUUCUGUUGUGGUGUAGAAACAACCUACUUAUUAAUUAUGUGUCAAUAAUUAAGAGAGCAUCAAAGUGUUAAUACUCUUCAGAAAUAAAAAAGUGCCCAGUGAUACAUACAGACAGACUAAUCGAAAAUGUUGUUUUGGUACAAAAUGAAGAGCAGACAUCGUUAUUGUAUUGCAAUUUUUUUUACAUUAUGUCCUUUUAAUUGCUUUGCAAUUAUAUCUGUGAUUGGUAAUAUGUUGCUAAAUACUUCAGGUACCAGGGCACUUCGUAUGGGAUAAAUGAAUAAGUGAAACAAAAGAAUGUGAUAUGAAAGAAUGUUGUACAAAAGAAUGACCAUGGUGCAUAACUUUCUAAUAUGGUUUCAAAAGAAAUUUUGUUUUUAUUAAACAAACUAUUACAUUUGUUUGAAAGGAUGCAACUUUUGACUUGUUAAUUUAAAAGUGCCAUAUGUCAUUUGAAUAAAUCUUAAGUAGUGGUUCUAACUGAAAAAAUUAUGAUCUGUGAAAUAAAGAAUAAGUAGAUUAGUAUAGUUUUCUUGCUGCCUUAAUAUGAAUAAUAAGUGGAUUGAGUGUACUCAUAACUCAUCAUUUGAUAUCCUCUGAAAGAGGUGAAUUGUGUGUUCUUAUGCUUAUGUAAAAGUAAGAUACUGAACUUGAGAAAGAAUAGGGAUAUUAACCCUAGAACUAUCAAGCCCAUUUCAAUGGACUUCCAGGUGGGUGGUUUGCAGAAUGCACAUUUAUUUCUGUGCCAUUUAUACCAGGUGUUUUCAUGUAUGAAAUAUUUCUUUGAAUAUCUUGCAUUACACAAUAAAGAGGAGCCCCCACCCCCCCCCAAAGAAAAG